UCUUUGCACAGUGCUGGCAAUAAAAUACGACUGAACUCCAUCCACUUUGACCUUUGUAGCUUCAGUUGUGUUUUGUGACCGUGUAACCCCGCUAACAGCCCGGAUAAGUCGAGCGAGGACCAGCCCAAACUCGCCGCGGCGUGAAAAAUCUCGAUGGGGCAAGUUUGCUUGGCUCCACUGAAAGCUGCACUUUAGUCGCACUUGACUCCACUGGAGCAAACAUGUCUCGUUUCGUCCGCCGGAUUGUCGCUGUUGCCUCUCAACACGCCACAGCCAGAGCUGCAGAGGUACCGAGGAGGAUCCCCGGCAUAAUCCGUCCCGUGUCCACAUGUCAAGGCCUGCAGUCCCUCACACGUUACAGUGAGACUACAGACUGGCAUAAAAAACUGACCCCAGAGCAGUAUGUAGUCACCAGAGAGAAAGGAACUGAGGAGCCCUUUAGUGGGAUCUACCUGAACCAUUUUGAAAUGGGGAUGUAUCACUGUGUCUGCUGUGACGCUCCACUCUUCAGCUCCGAGGCUAAGUACAACUCCGGGACAGGCUGGCCAGCAUUCAAUGAGGCUCACGGGACAUGGGAGGGUGAUGAAAGCCACACCUCCAUCAUUCGGCGCCCUGACAACAGCCUGGGCAGCCCUGGGACAGAAGUCCUUUGUAAAAAUUGCGAUGCCCACCUUGGCCACGUGUUUGAUGAUGGACCAGACCCAACAGGACAGCGCUUCUGCAUCAACAGUGUUGCCCUCACAUUUAAAACCAGAGAAAACGACAAACCUGAUGAGGAUGAGUGUAACUGAUGGACUUCAUCAAAACAUUAAAAAAAACAGGACCAUGUUUAAAGAACUUCCCUUUUGUUUUUUGUGGGGGGUUUAAAGUGAAAAGCUAUGUGAUGUGCAGUGGGAUGAAUUGUGGGUUAAACUGGAAGUGAAUUGAAACCAGUUUUAUAUUGCAUAUAUUAAUGGAUAUAUGGACUGGAGAGAUGUCUACACAGGACAGGACUACAGGACUCACAGUAAAUCAUUUUUCUGCUCCAAUAAUCUUUUUUCUGUUCUCUCUUUGUCACUGGUGUUUUUACUGUUUACUAAUGUUUGUUAAGUAUUUUGCCUUAACUGUCAUCUGAAUGAAGGUCUUCUCAUAUGAGCCACUUGGAACAUAUGUAUAGGAUAUGUGAAGCCAUUAAUGCCACGAAGUGUUUUUAACAGCAUUCUAAUGUUUAGCAUAUUUUCAUAUCUGGAAAAAACAGUCAAAAAAAUUGUUGUUCUGCAGGAUUGCAAAAACAUUGCUGUGUUUUUGGUUUGUAAUCUGAAGUUGCGUGUACAUAUCCAGCUGAAGUCUUUGAUGGCAAUCACGCAAACAUGACCGAUCCUUUUUUUUUCCCCCCAAUAAAUUCACGUCUAAAUCCGGCGCUGUGCUGCGAUGCCCCCCGAUGUUUGCCCG